AGCAGGCCUUCUGAAACAACAGACCUCAUCGACUCCCCCGGACGUCUCUCAAACAAGCAAAGCUUCCAAGAUGACUCCGCGAAGCAUCACUCUCGUCUCGGCAUUGUUUGCCAUUUCGUAUGCCUACCGAGGUGGAGGCGGGGGAGGAAUGAUGCCAAUGGGCGGUGGAAUGCCCAUGGGAAAGAUGGGUGGAAUGGGAAUGAUGGGAAUAGGCGGUGGAAUGGAAAUGAUGCCUAUGGGUGGUGGUAUGGGCGGUUUGCCCAUGGGAAAGAUGGGUGGAAUGAUACCCAUGGGCGGUGGAAUGCCCAUGGGCAUGGGCGGUGGAAUGGAAAUGAUGCCUAUGGCUGGUGGUAUGGGAAUGAUGCCAAUGGGUGGUGGAAUGGAAAUGAUGCCUAUGAGUGGUGGUAUGGGCGGUAUGCCCAUGGAGAUGGGUGGUGGUAUGGGAAUGAUGCCUAUGAGCGGUGGAAUGGGCGGUGGUAUGCCCAUGGGAAAGAUGGGUGGUGGAAUGCCCAUGCCAAUGCCGAUGAUGCCAAUGCCGAUGCCUAUGCCUAUGCCAAUGCCAGGUGGAGGAAGCGGAAAACGCUACAAGCGCUACGCCAGUCGUGGUGGCAACGGUGGUAUGGGAGGUGGAAUGAAUGGAGGAAUGAUGCCGAUGCCAAUGCCUAUGCCAAUGCCUAUGCCAAUGCCUAUGCCUAUGCCUAUGCCAAUGCCGAUGCCGAUGCCAAUGCCAAUGCCAAAGGGAGAUAAAGGUGGAAUGGGCGGAGGAAUGCCGAUGGAAGGGAUGAUGAUGCAAAUGAUGAUGGGUGGGGGAAUGGGUGGUGGUAUGCCCAUGGGCGGUAUGCCCGGCAAAGGAGCAAUGGGUGGCGGUAUGCCUAUGAUGAUGCCAAUGGGCGGUGAAGGCGGUAUGCCAAUGGGCGGCGGUAUGCCCAUGGGCGGCGGUAUGCCCGGCAAAGGAGCAAUGGGUGGCGGUAUGCCCAUGAUGAUGCCAAUGGGAGAGGGUGGUAUGCCCAUGGGUGGUGGUAUGCCAAUGAUGAUGCCAAUGGGCGGUGAAGGCGGUAUGCCCAUGGGCGGUGGUAUGCCAAUGAUGAUGAUGAUGCCUAUGGGAGGAAAAGGAGGCAAGUAUUAGAUGAAGACAACCCUUUCAUCAGAGUGGUUAUAGUAGCUUGUAAACGACCUGGACCCCACAAUCGACAACGCCCAAUCGCACUCAUUGUCCAUGUGCAUGUCAAAAUCUUCUUGUGUCCAAGAAUCGGUGACAGGUGCUUCCAACGUCCGCGCAAUAGACUCAUUGACGUCAUUGUUUUGGACUAUUAACUUGUUUUUCGUUUAUUGUUAAUCAAAGUUUUGUCUUACCAUUGAGAAGUUUUUGAAGUGAUAACAUACCGGGUAAAAGCCAGUAGUUUUUCGCUUGUUCGAAUUGUAAUGAGCUGCGACUUUCAGUAAAAUGCCAGUAUAACAUAUUGAAAUUGAAACUUUUGUUUUAAAUAUCGUAGUGUUAAGAGACCGAAGAAAGAACAGCGAAUAAAUCAUUAUUUUGUAAUUUUAUUUGAACAUUAGGAGAGUUAUACAUGCAUAUGGACUAUAUUGCCUUGUGAAACACUAUGUAUACAUGUAAUAGAGAUUAAAAAUAAAAUAAUCAGCAUCUUAA